GUGGGCUACCUCUGCGUAAGCGCGAGCACGCCGCCGUCCCUUCGUUGUAAGCGCGGCCUUUCUGGCUGGCCCGGGGGGCGGGGCUGAAGGGGCAAGUGCUAAAGCCGCUAAGUGAGACAACAGAAAUAAAACAAUGAAGUGAUUUAUUCAGCGUCAUUGAAGUGAGAAUUCCUCUAGAAGAAAUGGCAGCCUCUUCAUCCUCCUCUUCAGCUGGUGGGGUCAGUGGAAGUUCUGUUACUGCAUCGGGUUUCAGUGUCUCAGACCUUGCCCCACCACGAAAAGCCCUUUUCACCUACCCCAAAGGAGCUGGAGAGAUGUUAGAAGAUGGCUCUGAGAGAUUCCUCUGUGAAUCCGUUUUCAGUUAUCAAGUGGCAUCCACGCUCAAACAGGUGAAACACGAUCAGCAAGUUGCUCGGAUGGAAAAACUAGCUGGUUUGGUGGAAGAGCUGGAGGCCGACGAGUGGCGGUUUAAACCCAUUGAGCAGCUGCUGGGGUUCACGCCCUCCUCAGGUUGAUGUUGCCCAGAUGGUCUCCCCUGGAGCCCAGCCAGAGCAGAGCCAGCAAGAAACUGUCACAGCUUAUGCAGCCUCUCAGAUUCACGGCUGUAUCACCAAACUGCUAAUUCACAUCUACUUGCUUUCCCUGUAUCUAUCCACAGCCAACAAAUACUUAAAUAUGUGAUCUUGCAGGGAAAAUGUUUAUUUGUUUAAAAAAAUAUUGGGAAUCAGAUUAAGACAAUCAAUUUCAGAGAGCCAGGAGGUUUGGGUUUAAGAGAUAUUUAUAAAAUUUUCACAAGCUAAGUAGGAUUUGUGCCAGAAUUAGCCAACUAAAUGGUAUGCACUCUGUCCGUCAUACGGUGCCUGGAAAUUUUUCACCAGUGAAGUCCAAGGUGAGGAUCUAUAGUUAUACGUUUCUGACCUAAACAUUUCUUUUCACAGAGGAAUGUGAUUUCAACUCAGGACCUAUCCAAAUGAGGAAUUUUUAAAUGUUCUUUUUUUUCUUUUUUCUAUUUUUAGACAUUCUAUAGAUUCUACUUUUUUCUAACCUCUUCUAGACAUACUGGGGAAAAAAAAAACUUUUUUUUUUUUUUUUUUAAUAUAGCAACACUUUUAAAAAUAAAACAGUGAGCAAAAUCCUUUUAAACACAGAACUCUUCCAUUCAGCUCAUUGGUAGACUCAAGCAAUUCUGUAGCAAAUCCUUUGCAAGCACUCCAGAUUGGUGUUUUUAUCCUUUCAACGUCCGUGGGAUUUGGGAUAGGGAAAGAGGUCAAAUUACUUUUUACAAAAAUCUAAAAACCAUUUCUCCUAAGCACAUGGUAGAUUUGCUUUGCUUCAGAUUUUUUUUCCUUUGCAGAAGGGUCUAAAUUUAUUUUAUCAGUAUCUGAGUAGGUUUUUGUACCCGUGAUAGAGGAAAACCUGGAAGGCUAAGAAGUGGGGUUUGGUUUUGCUUUGCUUUUGGGUUCUCUGCAGAGGAUCCCAGUGUCUACACUACACAAUUAGGGGAAUCCUUUAUUACAUUGUAUACAUAUAUUGCCUUAGCAUUUACUUUUCUCCUCAUUAACAACUUAGACCUGACCUUCUUAGAGUUGCUUAAUUAUAAAUAAAUAUAAUCCCAGUAGCAAUUAAUCUUAAUCUCAGGAGUUCAAAAUGUUUUAACACAGACUACCUGACAGGGAGCCGGUGACUUCACUCGGUUGGUAAAGUCUAGGUCUAGUGAAGAUGAAGACCUGCUCAGGUCACACAACUUAGGCAGAAGGAAUGUAGGAUCCUGGGAUAAAUCAGAGUUACUUGAUAGUUCAGCUUGCUAUUCUUGUCUCUAAAGCAAACCACAGAGAACUACAAGCUCACCUUUUUACAUCACUCAACCAAAACAAGCUAUAAAAGCAGUUAUUUCCCUGCUGCUUAUCACCAGUCAUCUUGCUGAUAACCAGGGAAAAACUAAAAAUAACCUGCACUGCAGUAAACCUUUAAAUUAGAACUUCAGUGACAAUUGGGAAGUGGUCACAAUCUCUCUCUUAUUUCAUCUGUAAAGUUGUGCAAAACAGACACUGCAUCACCCCAUCUUUACACUUUGGUAUUUGAACUUUUUUUGGGGGGGGGGGUACUAGGGAUUAAACCCACAGGUGCUUUAACUCUGAGCUACAUCCCAAGCCUUUUUUAUUUUUUAUUUUGAGACAGGAUCUCACUGAGUUGCUAUGGCUGGCCUCCAACUUGUGAUAUUCCUGCCUCAGCCUCCCAAGUUGCUGGGAUUACAGGCAUGUGCUACCAUGCCCAACAGUAUUUGAGUUUUUAACAGAAUGUCUCCUAAACUGGAUAUUUCUUUUUAUGACCUUAGAAAUUAAAGACAUCUGCAGGAUGUGGUGGCACGCAACUGUAAUCCUAGUGGUUCAGGACCCUAAGGCAAGAGGAUCACAAGUUCAUAACCAGCCUCAGCAACUUAGUGAGAACCUGUCUCAAAAUAGAGUUGGGGAUAUGGCUCAGUGAUUAAGCACCCCUGGGUUCAAUCCCUGGUCCAAAAAAAGAGAUCUUAAAGUUGAACUGAAAUGUUUUCAGUGUUCACCUCGAUUAUUCAGGUACUUCUUGAGUCCUGCCAAGAACAAGACCCUCGGGCUGGGGAGGUAGCUCAGUUGGUAGAGUGUUUGCCUUGUAAGCACAAGGCCCUGGGUUCGAUCCCCAGCACCCAAUAAAAAGAACAAGACCCUCACUGUUUUUUGAAUAUGGCAUCUCCCUCUCUGCACCUUCUAUUGAUCUUUAUGUCCCAUCACCUACAACUCCUGGUACCAUGCUUUGAACUCAGAGAUGGGCCCUGUGGCUCAUCUGUUGUCCUCUGUGUACUUAGGUGCCAGUCACUCACAGACAGUAAUUAUAAUCCCUCCAGUAAUGCUUCAAGUUAUCUAAUAGCCCCUCAUAUGGAAGAGGAACUUCAAGUUCAGAGUAAGUCUGCACAGCUAAGUUUGGCCAUGUCUGGAUGCAAAUUCAAGUCUGCCAGACUGUGAAGCUGAGAUCAUGCUUUAUCACUGAACCCAGCUCAGAACGUUGCACAAAGAAAAAUUCUAAAACCUCUUAUUGAUAAAAUGAAUGAACUACCUGGAGAAAAUAAACCUCAUCACUACCUUCCCUUCUUCCUUCCAGGUCUUGGUAAGAAGGGCUUUCAAGCAUGAUGGAGGAACAGCUCCUUCAGGAGCAGACAAGAAUCAGCUUUCCACAUAUACUCUUAAGAUUCAGAGUGGGGGAAAUAUUGUUAGGUGCUGGGGAAGGCUAGUCUUCUGGGGAUACCUGAGUGAGCAAGAAGGGAGGCAAGAGGUCAGAGGGCAGCCAGCAACCAGGACUGCACAGCUGGCCAGCCUUGGGAGACUGAUGGAGACAUGCCUUCUGUGCAUAAAACAGUUGGCAGUUUCCAGAGCAUUUUCACAUAUGUUGUCUGGGUUCUCACAUCAAUCCUGUGAUAAAUGAGACAAGUAAGUUACAGUUGAAGAAAUGAGCAGAGAAGGUAACAUAUCAAUGCAGUAUUGCAGUUAAUAAACAAGGGAGCUGGGUCUUGUGGAUUGUCUCUGCCCAUUGGUUUAUUGUAUGUUUCAGAAUCUGAAGUCAGAGCUUGCUAUUGAUAAGAAAUUGUUCGCAUCAGUCUGACAACUCCAUAUAACUGGUGUCUCAUAGUAGUGAGACAUAAAUAGUAAACAAUGGCUUGUUUACUUUUAU